AUGGACGAUUUUGUGAAACCUCAGCCUGUCGUCGCAAAAGACGUCGACACGGACGCGAAAACCGUCGAACGGCCAGUCUCGCCAGUCUCCAGAAGCGGCGACGUCAUCAGGUUUGCUUCGGAUUGGAUGCUUAAAGGUUCAAAAAUCAUUUCCAGUCCUGCUCGCGCCGUCAUGACCUUGUCGAAGUCGAUGCUAAACGCCGGUGUCUUCUCCCUUCCCUACGCCUGGAAACUCGGUGGUCUCUGGGUAAUCGGUAGAAAAUCUUGAAAAAUUGAAACGAAUUAUUUCAGGUGUCUUUCGUAACGACUUUCGUGAUAGCUGGUCUGAACUGGUACGGCAACUACAUCUUGGUCCGCUCCAGCCAACACCUUGCCAAGAAGUCCGACGUCGCUGCCUUGGAUUACGGGCAUUUUGCCAAGAAAGUCUGCGACACCAGCGACAUCCCGUUUCUCCGUCAUCACAGCAAGGGCAUUAUGUGCGAAGCUGCACAUUUUUCUGUGUUCAUUUUCGAUUUUCCAGGUACGGCGUCAACCUCAGCAUUCUGUUCUACCAGCUCGGAUUGUGCAGCGUUGCCAUCAUUUUCAUUGCCGACAACAUGGUGAGUGACCCUAAUUGUCACAAAAAAACAAUUUUGGUUUUCAGGUGAACCUGGUUGGCGAUCAGCUCGGAGGAACUCUCAGUCAGAAGAUGGUGCUCAUGUGCACGGUGACGCUGCUGCUGAUCAUGGCGACGAACAUGUUCACCGAAAUGCGCAUCGUUUCUUUUUUCGCCUUCGUUUCUUCCGUUUUCUUCGUCAUCGGUGCCGCUGUCGUCUUGCAGUACUCCAUCCAGUGAGUACUUCAUUCAUAUUUCACAUUUUUCAGAAAGAGGUAAAACUACAUGAAAAUCUGAAAAGAAUACAUUCUCUCAAGAACUUGAACCAUUUAUUGCAGACAACCGAGUAAGUGGAGAGAUUUGCCGGCUGCCACUGAUUUCACGGGAAUCAUGACAAUGUACGGCAUGACAAUGUACGCUUUCGAGGGUCAGACCAUGGUUGGUUUUUUCUUUCGACUGAAGAAGACGUUGCGACAUCCAAAUGAAUUUCUCUCUUUUCAAAAUAGAGCUGAAUCCAACAUUAUUUUUUCAUGCCAAUCUGAUGAUUUCAGAUCUUGCCAGUCGAGAACAAGCUGGAGCGGCCGGAAGUGUUUCUGGCUCCUUUCGGAGUCCUCUCCAUCACAAUGGUCUCCAGCACGGCUUGCAUGGCGGCACUCGGAUAUUUCGGCUACACUGCCUUUGGAGACUCCAUCGCAACGACUAUCACGACAAACGUUCCAAAGGAAGGGUACGUUGACCUGAUUUUGAUCAGAAUUGAAGUAGUUUUCCUAUAGCUUCUACUCGACUGUGAACGGUUUUCUAAUGAUCCAAUCGGUUCUUGGAAAUGCCAUCGCCAUGUACGUCGUCUAUGACAUGUUUAUGCACGGCUUCAUGCAGAAGUUUGGCGAUCGCUUCCCAAAAUUCCCCAAGUUUGUGUCCGAUAAGGUUUUUUAUCCUUUUAUUUUUGUUUUAACAUUCUUUUUCAAGGGAUUCCGGUUAUUCUGGGUGUUGGUGACCUAUCUGAUGGGCCGUGCUCAUCCCGAAACUGGAGAUCAUGAUGCCGUUGGUCGGUAUCACCAGUGGAACCCUCUGCGCCUUGGUCUAUCCCCCAAUUUUCGAGCUGGUCGCUUUUUGGUCUGA